AGGACGGCCCGCUCACUUUGAACUGUCGCCACCGUUUAAAAAUCAGCGAGCCUCACAGCGAGGAGAGGCGGAGCUCUGGGCCGACGGAGGAUAACAGACGCGCAGGAGACGACUGAAGACACAGCAGCCCUCGGAGCGAGACGUCAUGGAGCUCUAUCUGGACCUGCACUCCCAGCCCUGCCGCUCCGUCUUCCUGUUCGCCAAAGCGGUCGGGAUUCCCUUUGAGUUUAAGCAUGUGGACCUCGCUGCAGGGCAUCAGUACAGCGAGGAGUUUGGAAAACUCAGCAUCGUGAGGAAGGUUCCUGUCAUGAAGGACGGAGGCUUCGUCCUGACCGAGAGCGUUGCGAUCCUGAAGUAUCUGCUGCAGAAACACUCGUCGUCGGUGGCCGAUCACUGGUAUCCGGCUGACCUGCAGCAGCGAGCUCGAGUUAAUGAAUAUCUGUCCUGGCAGCACAUGAACCUCAGAGCUCAAGGCUCAAAGGUCUUCCUGCUCAGGGCUCUGUUUCCGCUCAUCAUGGGCUCCGAGGUCCCCAAGGACAAGAUGGACGCUGCUGUCGAGGAUCUGAAUCAGUCGCUCCAAAUGCUGGAGGAGAAAUUCCUGCAGAACAGACCGUUCAUCGUCGGAGACAAAAUCUCUGUGGCUGAUCUGGUGGCUGUAGUUGAGAUCAUGCAGCCCGUGGCGACCGGCCUGGACGUGUUUGAGGGCCGGCCGAAGCUGACGGCGUGGAGAGAGCGCGUGAAGAAGGCGCUCGGCGAGAAGCUGUUUGACGAGGCUCACGAGGUGAUCAUGGCGGUGAGCAGCAGCCUGCCGCAGAAGAUGCAGAGCAGCAGCGAGCUGGAGAUGCUCAAACCAAAGUUUCGUAAGAUUUUCAGCUGAAGACAUUUCUGUGGACAAACAUGACUGUCGGCGAUGUCGAAAAAUGAUCCCAGACGGUUUUUAAUUUCAUGGUUUUAUUGUGAUUUUUUUACCAGCAGAAUUCCUGCAGGUUUGUCAUCAAGUGCCGAGAAAUCGUUUAACGAGCUUCCAGCUAUUAAAGUGAUCGUGAAAGCUGA